AUGAUCGGCUCUUGGAAAGCUCAAUCCUUAACCUCCCAAAACCUUGAAAAGAAGAAGAAGAGUCAUCCAGCAGAACGGGCUCUUGAGAGACCCCACAAGCAGUUUAAGGAUUAUAACUUCACACCUAUCAACGCACCGAUCCAUGAAGUUCUAAUGGAAGUAAGGAAGGAUCCUGAUUACGCCCCUCCUCAGAAGAUUCUGAGAGAACCAUUGGAGAAAAACAAGGACAAGUAUUGCGCCUACCAUGACGCAAUGGGACAUCACAUCGAGGGCUGUGUAGCUAUGAGGUUGAUGAUUGAGAAGUUCAUUAGUGGGGGAGAGACUAGUGCAAACCGGAAGGCCUACACUAGGUUAUUAAAGAAGUGGGAGGUUCUUAUGAUUGACAGACCCCGCAAGUCCUUGAAGAAGGAGGUCCCGGUGCUUGGGUUCUUGGAUAAAGAUUAUGUGGGAGUAUCCCUCCCCCAUACCAACUCUUUGGUUGUCACCUUGCAAGUAGCCAAUCACCUUAUCCACAGGGUUUUAGUUGACAAUGGAAGCUAUGCCGACAUACUGUAUUGGUUGGCGCUCUUACAUAUGGAUAUAAGUCGGGAUAAAAUAAUCCUAGCGAAAUAUCCUCUAAUGGGGUUCGGAGGAGAGCAGGUUUUCCCCAUCGGUUCCAUCGAACUCUCAAUUACAGCAUGGGAAAACCCAAAGCAGAAGACUAUAAUGGUCAAGUUCUUGUUGAUAGACCGGCCCCUAGCCUAUAACAAGAUUCUCAGAAGGAUGGCACUGAGAAAGCUAAAAGCCAUAACUUCCACAUUGCAUUUGAAGAUGAAAUUCUUGACUGAGGAAGGGGUUGGAGAAGUCAAAGGAGAUUGGUAG